AUGCUGCCAAUUCUGUCGUGUUUGGGCCUUGCCCUUACCCUUUUCCCAUGCUUGGCAUAUUGUGAUGCCGAAUUUGUUCGUCCUCCUGAGAUCGAACCAACGCGGGAACACGAUUGGGAUUAUGCGAAUAACGUACGAUAUAUUAUUGGGGAUGAAAUACAGAUAAGCUGGAAAUCUGAUAUCCCGAACACAGAACUCUGGUUGGUUCAGCUUAAGGACACAAGUACUCAAGGGGCAGAAUGGAUGUUGCUGGAUGCCAGUCGUACUGAGUGGGAAGUCGAGUAUAAUGUCGGAGGGUUGUCGAAAAACGAGGAGGACUCCGUCUAUACCUUCGCAUUGUGGAUAAGCAGAUCCGGUGUUCUGGCUCAAUCCCUAUUUUUCAACGUCAGCGCCCCAGAACCCGAAACGACCACGACGAUAUCAAAGGUCCUGUCCAUUACAAGAGCCACAACACAGUCCAUCGCUGAAUCGACUACUCAAAGUGAACCCUCAACAACAGCAAAAACAGCAGCAACAUCAACCACGAUCGCGGAAGAAGAUACAGGCGCAACGCCGAAAUCUGGGCUAUCAAAGGGUGAGACGGCAGGUGCAGCGGUUGGUGGAACGAUUGGAGGUCUAUUGAUUUUUGGUUGCGUCGGAUGGCUCCUAUGGAAACAGAUUUCGAAGAAGAAAAGGGACCAAGGCAUAUAUGAGGUUCCGGCAGAACAGCUACCGGUAUCAGAGCCUAAGGCUGAGCUACCCGGCGAUCAUGGAUCCCAUAUACCUGGCUAUGCAAGAAGCCCUCCCGGAGUUUUUGAAGCACCUUGA